UUGUGGCCAGGGUAUGCUGUCUACUCGGUGACCGGCACCGUUGAGCUGUUAGGCAUCAAGAAGCGCCUUUUUAUUCCCCUUCCUAGCGUCUCCAGUCGUCAACGGGGGGCUCUCUUUCGUCUCGGUUACCACUCCACUCCACUCCAGUAGAAGCCCAAAUUCGGGUCACGGGAAUUCAGAUGGGAACAUCCCAAGGAGGAAAGACGGUUGACCACUCGGCUGGGAGGGGAAAGUGGUCUUGUCACUCCUAUCAUUGGGUCGAAAUGGACUGAGCAUCCUUCCCGAGUGUCACAAGAGCCGUCCUCUCCACCUGCCCAGGACCCCUUGAUGUUUCCAAGUGGGAGCCCAAGGUCGGCGACUUACCGACAUGGGCGUCCCGGUGUGUUGGCGUGGGAGGGUGUGGUAUGAUUUUGGUGAGAUAUCCACCCAAGCUGCCGGGACUCACGGGUGGGUGGGCGAGGUUGCGGACCAUGUCAUAAAAGUCAGGCAAGGUAUCCGCGAUCCGGAAUACCCUGGAGAGACAUACUAUAUGCUCGGUAAGCCCUGAUCCAUAGUGACGAUGGUGCCCACACCAACCAUGUCACCGGUACUGGCGGUAUCCAAGCGCUCGAGGAACAAACAGGCGUAAUCAAGGUAUUGUUCAAGGCCUGAAAAGUGGCACUCUGUAAGUGGCCUGUGGGUGAUUCGUUCAGCCCUGGCUUUCUGCAGUUUGCGCCCGUUCCGAACCUGGGAGGGGGUAUUGGUAUCCUUAGGACUGUUGCUGGUUGUUGUAUAUAAAAUCCCUCGACUGCUGUUGAUGCUGAUCGUCUAUCUCCGCAUUACCUCUUUAUCUAUUUCGAAUUACUUGGUAACUAGACCAGUUACACAGACUCUACCAACUUCUACCCUGCAAGUCCUAUCGACCGCUGAAGAACUCUGGAGUUGGCCAUGACUCCUCUCUCAGAGUUCAUCUUCCUCUCCGUUCUUGGGAGCAUCUUUACGCUCAUAGUGUCUACGCCAUGGAGGCCAUGGAUCAUGAAGCGCCUGUCUCAGCACACCAUUCCGUCCUUCAAUCUUUUCAAAGGAUUCACUCGAUCCGGCAGAGUCUUUUCAGAUUCGACGAACGCCCACAAUUCAACAGGCGCCUUCAAUAAACAGAAGCUCGACACCAUCCACGACCUGUCUGACUGCCACGAGGUCGCAUCAUCAUUCUCCACCCUUGUUCAGCAGGAUGGAGCUGGUUACUGGCCUCCGAGAUCCAAUCACAAUGAAAAGACAUGGCCCGCAUGCCUCCAGGCAUACAAAGACAUCUACCAUGAGAUGGCUCCCCUCCUACCAGCGGAGAAUGCAUCUCUUAACGACAACAUCAACGAAAGGCGCAUAUUCGAGUUCAGGACACGCUUCGUUCAGCUUCUGAGUCAAAAGGUUGACCUGGCUGAAGUUCAGAGACUGCUGCAAGCGGCCGAUGCUGGAAGAUGGGAUGUCUUCCCCAGGGAUGCUUACAAUGGGUUCUACUGCUGUGUGGCUUGGUGUAGACAUGCUUAUAGAUGGGCAAGCAUCCCAGUAGUCCGCCUCGCCCAACUCGAAAAGUCCAUUGCCCUCCCCAUGGAGCUCGUCACGCCCUGGAACUCCAUGCAGUCGCACUUCGGUCUCGAUUCCGAAUCCGGAAACAACAUGUCUAGCCUGGUUCUCAACUUCAACCCAGCUGGAGGCUACGCCCUCAAGAUCAAUACCGGCCUCUCGACUCUUAUUCAGUCCUCAGAGGAGGAAUUUGCCCGCAUCUUUCAGGAGGUCGAAGUGCUAGGGGUACCAAUCUACUGCUCCAUUGUCGAAAGUAUCGUGGCAUACGCCCGGGGCGACAAGGAGUCUUGUCUCGAACAUGUCCGUGACAUCAAAGGCCAGCUACGCCCUUUGCUAAGCAGCUACUACGACCGAGUUCACGACGCCAAGAUUGCGAGGUCAGUGUGGUUGAGCCGCGUUCAAGGGUUUUAUGCCUGGGGCGUGGGACACCAGAAUAAGACCAGUGGAGAGUGGGAGAAGUUUGAUGGGCUGAGUGGAAAUCAGGUCUUGCUGUUCCAAGCCCUGGAUGCGUUUUUGGGAUUGGAGGCGUACCUGCCCAGGCUGAUCCAGGAAAGAAAUGUCCCUCUCUUGCAGAGAAGAUUCUGCAAAGUGGUCAAGAAGCAUGCCUUUAGGGGCCAGUUGGCGGAUGAGGGGGUUGAUGGAAAGAUCAAGAAGGAGUUCGAGGAUAUUGUUAAAAGGCUGAGGGUCUUUCGAUCUGCGCACCGUACCAGAGCCAAGGUGUAUCUCACACAGCCCGCACCCGAGAGAUUGCCCAUGACAGCGGGCAAGUCGCUGCUCAAGGAGGAUAUGGACCAGAGCUUGCUGUUUUUGGAUCAGUUCAUGGUCGGCAGGUUGCAACAGACGGUAUAGGUAGUGGAUGGUACAUGCACACUCUUUUUGUUUAUUGUGUAACUGGUAGGGAUAGAAGCUGGGUUAUGAGACGGACAUACUGGCGCAAGUCACUGGACUGGGAAUUUGUCUUGUUAUAUACCAUGGUCAUAAGAAAUGGAAACUUGUGUAGCG